AUGCAACCUCCGACGUACUCAAAAGAAUGGUUGUCUGCUUUGCAUCCUGAGUUGUUCUAUGGCCUUCGCAAACUGCAAACCUUGAGUUUACGUUCCAAUUCCCUGAGGACUAUCCCAGUCCGUCUAUUUUCAGACUGCCGUAGUUUGGAUUUUUUGGAUUUGAGCACAAAUCGUUUGCGAAGUUUGGCACGCAAUGGAUUUGCAGGAUUAAUCAGACUGAGGGAACUUCACCUAGAGCACAACCAGCUGACAAAGAUUAACUUUGCUCAUUUCCUACGGUUAAGCAAUCUGCACAUGCUCUUCUUGCAGGGGAAUAAAAUUAGCAACUUGACAUGCGGGAUGGAAUGGACCUGGGGCACUUUAGAGAAGCUAGAUUUGUCUGGAAAUGAGAUCAAAGCCAUUGAUAUGACAGUUUUUGAAAUAAUGUCUAAUCUUAAAGUACUCCUAAUGGAUAACAACAAGCUAACCACUCUGGAGUCCAAGGUUUUAUAUUCACUUACAACCCUUACUACAGUGGGCCUCUCCAGCAAUCCCUGGGAAUGCAGCCCCAAAAUAUGUGCAUUAGCCACAUGGCUGAGUGGCUUCCAAGGUCGGUGGGAGCACUCCAUACUUUGUCAUAGCCCAAACCACACCCAGGGAGAGGAUAUUCUAGAUGCAGUUUAUGGUUUUCAGCUUUGCUGGAAUUUAUCAACUGUUGUUACAUCUAUUGCUACAAGUUACAGAGCUCCAACAACUGAAUAUACAAAAAGAAUCAGUUCCUCAAAUUUCCAUGUGGGAGACAAAGAAGUUUUAACUACUACAAGCAUACCCAUUACUACAGAAGAGCAGUUGCCUGAGCCAAACAAUGCCAUCUUCACCCAGCAGGUAAUUACAGGAACAAUGGCUUUAUUAUUUUCUUUCUUUUUUCUCAUUUUUGUAUUGUUCAUCUCCAGGAAGUGCUGCCCUCCCACAUUAAGAAAAAUUAGGCAGUGCUCAAUGAUUCAAAGCCACAGGCAACUACGAUCUCAAACACGGCUACAUUUGUCAGACAUGUCAGACCAAGGACCCUAUAAUGAAUAUGAACCCACUCAUGAAGGACCUUUCAUCAUCAUUAAUGGUUAUGGACAAUGCAAGUGUCAACAACUACCCUAUAAAGAAUGUGAAGUAUAA